AUGGACAAGACACUGAUGGGAAAGUUUAUUUGGGAAAGGAAUAAUUCCUGGGCCGCCGUUAACGACACCUUCUUCCUCACCAAUGAUGCGUUCGAGAGGCACCGCGUGGUCUUCACUGUUGGGACUUCCAUUGCCUCCGUUGCCACUGCUUGGAUCGGGUAUUCAUUGCGCCAUUUCCAUGAUGAAAAGGUUGAACAAAGGCUUGAAUCAAUUGAAAAAGCUAUGAAACACAAGCAUAAUCUAGAACAUUCCGAAAUCAAAGACAUUGUUGGUCCUGGAGGUCUCAGUGUUCCUACUUGUGCUGCCACUGCCGCAACCACCUUGUUCAUUGGGAUUGUUCCUUCUUUCUAG